CGAGUCAACGGCUCUCUCAACCACGCUCGAAAGGCACCGCAAGAUCCACGAAAGAAGCCAAACGAAGACAGCGCAGCGGUCAUCUUUGAUUUUCCAACCUCAUUGUUGUUGUUGCUCUGUUCAUCCCAGCCUCUUGCUUGACACCCGAGGUUGCUUUGUUUUUAUUGUUUUUCGCAUCAUGUCUACUUCUCUCAUACUGACGCCGGAGACUGAACUCCAUUUUGUGCUCUCCGCGAGCGAAGAGACAGCAAAAUGCACCAUGACGUUGAGACACCCGGGGUCAACCGACGAGUACAUCGCAUUCAAGGUGAAAACAACCCAACCACGACGCUACUUGGUGAGGCCCAACCAGGGCUUGAUUGCUCCUGGCGCCACCGAAAAGGUCGCUAUCAUGUUGGUCGAGAAAGACAAGAAUUCUCUCCUCCAGUCCUAUGAACGCUUGGGACAGUCGGCCCUUGAUCAUUCCAAGGAUAAGUUUCUCGUACAAUCAUGCCCCGUUGCUGAAUCUUUUUCUUCCAAGUACAUGGACACCAAAAGCAAGGGAACCGACAACACCCAGCUCUACGAGGCUCUAAAUUCCAUGUGGUCUUCGGCAAGUGGAAACAAGUCCAUGGAAAACAAGAAACUCCAUGUGCGCUUGGCUGUUAAAGAUGGAGGAAAUAGCCAAACCUCCAAGUCGUUGACAGCAGCGCAAGCUUCCAUGUUGAAACCUCACGAGACUUCACAGGAAGACGUUGAAAAUAUGACGCCUCCGCAGUUGUUUGCUGAAAUUUCUAGUCUCAGGAAAAAAUACGAUGAACUCGUCUCCUUUUCGGUCAAUCUUACGGCGGAACGUGACAUUCUCAACAAUACGUUGGAACAGACAAAGCGAGAAUUAAACAAGGAAGUGGCCAGUCGAUCGGCUCUAGAGAACAAAGGUGCUGGUGGCUCUGGAGGUGGCGGUGGAAGUGCAGCUGGAGGAGGUGGCGGAAAAAACAACAUUGUCCUCACGAUUAUUACCAUGUUGGUCCUUGGCGCGGCUUGCUUCACAGCUGGGGUCAGAGAGGCCAAGCUUGGACGAAUGGACUUCCUGGACGAAGUUCCUCACAUUGGAGAACUCUUUGUCCCAGAAGGAGGACCGCCACCAGGGGGAGAACCAGCAACAAAGAGAAUCCUCGAGGAAGAGCCUGUUGUUUGAGGGAGAUUGAACCUAUUCUUUAUCACCCAGUCGUUCUUUGUACGCUUUCAAUGUGCAGCUCUGCCAAAUUUCAAUUUCAUUAUUCUGCAAGUGAUAGAGGUUUUGAUGUGGUCUGUGAAGGCAUGAAAAUAGGCAUAGAUGUUUCAGACAACUUGUGAAAAUAGCUUAAAGAGUGUUUCUGUCGUUCCCUUCGUUCAUGUA